AUUAUCUCAUUAUUGAUUUAAAAUAUGGUACUCUCUGUGCAUUGUAAAUUUGUAAGAAACCAAACGUACAUGGGAUGAUAGUACAAUGUACGUAGAAUACCCAUAACAAUUGUGCAAAUGGAGUCUUCAAACAUAUCAAAAAAAAUAUCUUAUCUUGUUUAAAAAGUCAAGCCAUUUACAACACUACUGAGGUCACAUCCUAAAUAUAUAUUAAUUUAAUUCCAAAGGCACAUUAAUUGUUACCAAAGCCAACAAAUUGUCAAUCUCCUAGGUUUAUUUAAAUUACGUUUCACUUAUACGUGGGGUGUGGUGAUGAGUCUGGUCCCUAAAAAGUGUAGUUUUUCCGAUUUUCACCAUUUUCUUCCAUUCCAUCUAUGGUAUAUUAAAGAAAUAUAUAAAACCUCAACGAUAUAUUGUCUUAUAUUUAUGUAUAAAUUCCUCUCUAUCGGAAAUAAUUGAAGCUAACAUAUAUAAUAACAACCACCUAUAUACAUAUCUGUGUUCUUUCCAAAAAAAAAAAAAAGCUUUGUUUUUUCUUCCAACUCAAUAUCAUGGGGCGGCGCGGAACGAAGCUGCGGGACCUCGUGGGAGCAAUCAAGGACAAAGCAUCACAAAGCAAAGCCGCGAUUUUCUCUCGACCCAAUACUCUCUCCCUACUAAGAGCCACGACGCACAACCUCCACGCGCCGCCGAACCCCAAGCACUUAGCGGCAGUACUAGCAUUCGGUCACUCCUCACGCGCCACCGCAUCAGCGGCCGUGGAGAUCCUGAUGGAUCGGCUCCAGAACACGGGAGACGCAUCCGUGGCUCUCAAGUGCCUGGUGGCCGUCCACCACAUUGUAAAAUUCGGUACCUUCAUUCUCCAAGACCAGCUCUCCGUUUUCCCCCUCCACGGUGGUCGGAACUAUCUCAACCUCUCAAGAUUCAGGGACAACUCUAGUCACGUGACCUGGCAGCUAUCCACGUGGGUCCGCUGGUACGCUGAGUACAUCGAGAACCUACUUUCCACUUCCCGGGUCCUCGGAUUCUUUCUCGGGUCGUCGUCUUCCGCCACGGAGGAGGAGCGAGUUUCGGCGUGUUGGACCAGUGAUUUGAUUAAGGAGAUUGAGUCGCUGGCGAGUUUGUUAGAACGGAUCUGCGCGCAGCCCGAGUUGGAUAUGAGUUUGAACGGUAACAGAUUGGUGGGCGAUAUUAGGGGAUUGGUGGGUCAGGAUUAUUUGUCGGUUGUAAACGAGGUGUCGAUCCGAGUCACUGAGUUUGGUGAGAGACUGAGUUGUUUGAGCUUUGUCGACUCGGUCGAGUUGAUGUGUGCUUUUAGGAGAUUGGAAAAUUGCAGAGAGAGGCUUCAAUUAUCGUCUAAUUUGGUGAAGAAGGACUUAAGUGAAAGCUUUUGGGAUCUGAUUCGUGAGAUUAAGGAGAAAGUCGGGCAGGAAAAAGAGGCCCGGGAAGAUAAUUUGGUGGUGGCGUUAAGGAAAGAUAAGGGUACUGAGUCGGCUCGGUUCGGGGACCGAGUUCUAAAGGUCGAUAACUCGGUCCGAUUCUCGUCCGGAAGAUUUGCCUCCAAUUACAUGUCUUCUUUGCCAUUCGUGGGCUCCACGUAAUAGUCGAUUGGUAAAUCAAUUUUAGAAACUAUGUUGUAAAAAUUAGAGCUGAGACAUUUUCCUUUUUGAAUAAUGUAUUAUUAAAAAAAUAUGAUUGGUUACUUAUUUUGAAAAUAUAUUCAUCACUAAAA